AUGGGAUUCUUUGCCAAACGAAGGAAGCAGCAUUUGUCACAGACAGACCAAACAGACAUGCUGCCUACGAUUAUUGAACAGGCUGUCUCCGAUUCUGAUACAGACCUGUCAGAUGCGUACCAGCCUUCGAAGAUUGCUGAAAGUGGUUCUUCAACGUCUAAGUACGCCACAACUGUAGAAACGGGGUGCAUGGAAAUUGAAGAAGACGAGGGUACAUUACCGGUGACCGCUCAGACAUUCCAUUUGGCUGAUAAAAUGGUUGAUGGUGGAAGAAAAAUGCUAGGACAAAAGCGUUCCAUUUUGGGUAAACAGAAGGCUAUCAAGCAAACCUCCAAAGGUCCUGCUCCUAAGUUAGUUGUCCAGACGCAACAUGCUCUUAAAGGUCACAAAAUGUUUACGAAGACAAAGGUUGCUAAACCAAAAUAG